CGACGACAAGCUUCUUCUUAAAACCUGGCCUUUGCCGUUGUAAAAAAGUUGCCUGUUCCAGAUGAGAAACCGAAGUUGUUUUUGGCUAACUGUAACUGGAGCAGAUUCGUUCUCAGAAUGCCGUAACAUGUUAUUUGUGACGUUUACCACACGACACUUCGUCUGAACUCAAAACAGAAAAAACGAGAUGGUCAGCACAACCCCGCAGUUUGUUGAAGAAAAUGCUGCAAUACAGGGGAGUGCAGUGAUGGGUCGUGGGCAAGAUGAGGACUGUUCGCCGCGUAGUGUCAAGGAGACCCCUAGUACCCAGGUCAACGACGGCGUAGCGCUGGGUUUUACUACGCAAGGGAAGCUUGAUGACCCAGUGGGAAAUGCUGCUGUUCCAUCGGAGGAUUUGCGCGCUCUUGUGCGGGAGGAGGCACGAGCGCUGCUGCAGGCGGCUAUUGCGCCACUCGAGCAAAGGGUCGCUGCGAUGGAACGGUGUAUGGAGCGGCUGCAAGGUGGUAUAGGAUGAUAUUGUAUGCGUAGUUACUAGAAGGUGAACAGAGAGUCAAUUUGUCGUGAAAAAAAAUUAUUUACUUUGCACGAAGAAGAUGCUUCCUACGGAACGUAGGUUCUUACCAGCCGCGCUCUGCUCAUUACCCAUUUGGGCCCAACUCGCGGAGGCAGGCGAGUCCAGAACUGACAGGGAUAGUGUCAUCGUCCAAGGCGAUAGUGUCAUCUCCCAAGCCUCCUCCAAAUUCCGUCGCGAGCAAGACCAUGGCACCAACGGGUGGACAAGCUGUGACGCCGGGCGUCACAGCGGCUGGUUUUUUCCCGAUCGCCGGUGCGGUGAGGAGUGGUGGACUUACAACACGCGGAGGAGCUGCAAGUGAUAUGAUACUCCGCAAGGAUGGUAGCGAAACUGGAUCUGCAAUUUCAGGUGCGCACAACAAGCCGGUGAAACUCAAGCUCAAGCUCGGUUCUCUGAACGCAACGAAGGUACAACUAGAGCAUGGCUCUGGAGGAACAGCAGCGGGUCCUGCGCCGCCAGCUGCGGGGGAUAACAAUUUGAGUUUGCAGCCCAGGCGUGGUGGAGCAACAACCCGGCUUACAAUCGCGAGUGGCGGGAAAGGAGUGGGAGUGCUGCCGGUACACCAACCAAAUCUGCUGUGUAAACAGGAUCAUGCAACGGGGGCAAGCGUGUGCUCGCCAACUCUGGCGUCACCGAAAGUCGCGAAAACUGCUGUGCAGCCUGGUAGAACUGGUGGUGCGAAAAACGACGAUGUGCUCUGUGCUGCCGGAUCCAAGGGUGACAGUUCUACUACGACUUCCUCUGCGGGUCCAGAAAAGACGAUGAUCGCAACAAAUGCGAAUAAUUCUGUACCCCCUGCUUCCAACCGCACUUACGACGCUUCGAACCGGAAGCCCGCGGUGCCGCGCGCUCCGCGCCGCAGCCCCGAGCGGUCGAAAUGGCACCAAUUUUUGACCGCAUUACCGGAUUCGGAUUCGGAGGCGCACCGGGUCGCGCGGGCGGCACUUUUUGUGAAGUAUGCCGAGCUAUCCAAUGAAACGUAUGUAGUUUCGGUCUGGGUGAGUGCAGAAAUUCAUUUUCCUGAUUUUCAACAAAGCCCUAUGAAGACUAGAAUGCAGGGCAUAUCAUCUUCACAGAUUCUGAUGUACUACAGCCUGUGCCGUGUUGUCAAAAACCGCUGGAGUAAAGAUUAUACCAUUUGAGAAGCAUGGAUGCCAUAUCAUGACGAGCAUGACCAAGAGUUAGCGUGUUGUGCUGGUUGCGAAAAGCAAGCUGUUGCAAUCUUCUAGACCACCUACACAUAGUACUUCUUCCAAUGCAUACGAGGGCGUGACGGAGGAAAACAACUCCGCAAAGGUUUUGGAAAAGGCCCAGGCGGACCUGCUGGUGUUUGAGCUGCUGGGGAUCUUCAUGGUCGCGGGCACAGCCGCCAGUUCAAAAUUAUCGUUAUCUGUUGGAACAACUACAACAAGUGCGGGAGGAGCUCAUAAUCAUGAAAGUGGUUCUUCAUGCUCUUUAGACGCGGCCGGCAAGAGCAACGCAGUCGCUGCUGCAUCAAAUCGUCACUCUUCGUCCUUCGCCGCGGCUGGAGCCACCAAUUCGUCUGCGACUCUUCGGAGGAAUCACGAUCUGGCGAUGAAAACGGAGCUGCAAAAGAUACUCGACCACGCGUUUUUUUGCUGUGCCAAUAGUACAACAGCCUGCACGCCGACCACGAGUGGUGUGGCUACGAUUUUUCCCGCAGGAGUUACUUUGGAAGAGGACCGCGCUUGUUCUCAUCCGGGGCUGCAACACGAGGGUGUCGUACUCGACAAUAAAAAAACGUUGGAACAAGGAGAUAGCGAGUUUCCGAACAUGAUGUGGUCUUUCCUGCUCCGGAACCGGUUCCAGGCGUUUCUGAGGAUGAUCCGCAUGCACUUCGAGCUCAGAAUUGUGUUCAAACACAACGUGACCGCGUCGCAAGUUUCGGGAGACACCGCGAUCGAAAAACGGGUGUCGGUUUUCGACGCCCAGGCGAAGCUGGAACAGUUUUUCGGGUUGCCGAAACAAACCCUGCUGGAGAACCUAGAAAAGCUGAAAACGAAGGACGGCGACUCCGUGCUUUUCCACGAAGUGUGCACUUCGGCGGUAGACCUGCGGAUCGCGUGUUUUGGCAUCGGAGGAAGUCAUGGCGCUUUAACAUCUUCCGGUCUGUUGCAGCACCAAGGUGGUGCUAAUAAUACCGGUUGUUCUCGAAAAACGUCGUUCGCUUCUAUUGGCGGUGGCAGUGCACACGGAAAUCCACAUGGAGGCACGCUUAUGCAUUGCAAAAGUAUCUAUCUUGCGAUACUAGUACAAAGAGCAUGAUCAGCACAAGAAAUUUCGGCAAGAAGAAGAGGGGAAUUUGUUAAUGAUGUUUUAGGUUAUUUGGAUCAUGUAUGGCGGCAAUUUAUAAGUACAUACGAGUGCGAAUGCGAUGCUUUUGCAACGCAUAACGCUAGUACAACACAGCCAGGGCGGAAGGAGUUCUUUGGGUAGCCUGAACAGCAGCUUCGCGCAAAACUACACCCGGGAACAACUGCGCCGGACAAGUGGCGCGGGAGCGGAGAUUAUCAAAAGGAAAAAUCCCCCCUCCCCAUAUCGAACAGGAAAUCUGUGAUGCUGGAUUUGCGUACACAAAUCAGAUCUGUCUUGCAGUAGAGGACUGUACGCAGAUCGCAAGCCUAGAUAGGGGCCUUUUGGUGUGGGCGCACAGCAUGGCAGACGGCUGCCCUGUAGUCCUUACAGCAUUACAAAUCGCCUGCAUAGCGUUGCAGAGAGCCUGGAUUUGUUCUCUAGCAGGACAGACAGGAUUUGUGGUCACAAAUCAGCAUCGCAAAUUUUCUGAGACAUACCUUUUCGAUAUGGGGAGGGGGGAUUUUUACUGUCAAUAGAGAUGUUGUUGAAGCAGGGACCACCUACUUGCUCCUACCCGCGAAACUUGCAGCGCUACUGUAUUUAUUGGUUUCUUUCUCUACUUGUUCGUGCUGCUGAAUUAGAUAAAAACUUCAUGACCCUAAUAGUUUCGUUUUUUACAAUGUCGUAUACCGAGGCAGAGUAGAGCUGGACCACCAGCCUAUGUGUUUUGUUGCGAGGAGCUUUCUCCGAUGCAUUUGCAUACCUACUUGCGUUGAGAAUUUCGAAAGCACUGUUGAGAAUUUCGGAGGAAAGAUUUCAACCUCUAUCAGGCGUGGCGCCGAUGUCGCGACCGUACGCGACAUCGGAGGUGGACGCAAACAUUCCCGCGGUGCAAAAUGUGGAGGUAGUUUUAAAAAGUCCGGACGUAGUGGUUGCAACAGCUGCAGAUGAAAUCACGGCACAGCAGCAUGAAGAAAAGACCUCUACAACGGAUGAAAGAAGCAACAACGCAAAGAUGAGCUGUACCGCCGCGAAGAAUGACAGGACAAACGGAGAACAAAGAAAUGCAGAGGAGGGUUCUGUUUUUGCGCCGCUUUCGACGCCUGACUGCACGAGGAGCCUGUCAUCCGCUGGGCCGAGGAACAAGUCUGCCGCCUUGGAGCCGCGUAUCAAAUGCAAAAAUGACUGGGUCUGGAAUGUUGCCGGGUUUGUCAUGCAUAUUUUGCAUGACCUAGGAAAGGAUGUCUGUAAUGCACGACCUAGCACCACAGAUUCUUAGAGGGUUUCCUGCUGCCUACUCCGCAUGACAAAUGCCCUCCCCACGUAGCAAAAAGCAGACUCCUCUUGCUAGUCAUGCAAUACAGAUAUUUUUACAAUGCGGCUCAAGGAGGCACAUCCGAUUGAAAAUAGUAGGUGAAGCAGUGACCGAAGCUUCACAACGCACUUGAAAAACAGAAUAUAGCAGUUUGCUUGUUUUUGUUCGCGAUUGAAAAAACUGAGUUUUGAGAAAAUUACGCAAAACUGAGAGAAAACGAACUCAGAUCCAUGUAGAAUUCAAAGUUAGCAUCACAAGUUCCAACCUUCCAGACCCAGACAUUUUUGCAAUUCAUACCGCGCACCGCAGAUAAGAAACUUUUGACGACCACACCGGAGCUGGGCGGCUUCGAGGACGGAUGGACAAAUACGAAUAUUCCUACAACGAAGGAAGACAAAAAACCUACCACUGGAGCUGCUGCUCUAGCAGCCUGCUUUGAUGUUGUAACUACCGACAACGAGAACGGGAAGGCAGGGAAUAAAGACGAGGGAGGGGAUAAUUCUUCUGCGCGGGUGGAAAAAGAUAAAAGCAAGAAAAAAAAGGACCACGACGUCGUGAGGACCAAAAAUCCGCGUGACCUGAUGGACAACAAGCGGAGCGGCAGCAGAGUGUUGUCGCAAAAGUCCGCGAAGCUGGAGCAAUUUUUGCAGCAGAAAAAGCAGACGGAGUACGCAAACACCUUCACGAACAGCCCGGUUCUUGUCGAACAAGAAGUGAUAGAGGAGCGGAAGACCACGAACGACGUUGACGCGAUGGGUUCUUUUCGUGCUCCGCUGGUCGGCGUCGGUACUAGCAGCGAGCUGAAAGAACCACGACCAGGGGCAGGAGCAGCGGCUCCUCUUGAACGGGGAAGAAAUUCUACUGUUGCUGAAAUCGCAGUUGCAGAAGAACAACACACAGAACAGCAAGUACCGGUUGAAAAGGAGACUGAAGAAGUUCCAGUACCGGACGAUGUCAGCCAGGGCGGAGAAACAGAUGGUCUGUCGGUGGGCAUCAAAUUGUUGCCCAGCGCGGGAACAAGAACUUCUCCUGCGGUGGAUAAUGCUAGUGUUGUUGGUUGUAUGAAAGCAUCUUCCAUGUUGACCACUGCUCCGGAGGCUUGCACCGCUCCGCAAGCUUGCACCCACGUCUCGGAAGCGGAUUUCGGAGCGCAGUUUCCGCAAGCUGAGCAUGGUUUCAAAAACUCGCCGCCUGGGUGGACAGUCACUGCCUCAUCUGAAGAGCAAGUUGCUCCUCCUGCGGGUCGUGAGAUGACACAAGAAGAACCUCCACCCGAGGACGUCGAAAAGGCGAAGGGGUUCUUAACUUCUGGUUCUGCCGACGAGGACCGAAAAAAUGACCAAAAAGAAGAGCUCUAUUUUUCCCCUUCGCGCACUCCGAACAGCUGCCAGGAUCAAAAAUCAGAAAAAUCUUCGGACCAAGACCCGAACUUUGCGGAUCUGCGGUCGCUUAUUCUCGCCGAGGGGGACCGACUCUGCGAGGACAUCAGUCGGCAGGUGGAGAUGGCGCUGGUGGAGAAGCAUCUGUAUCAAGAAGAAAAAUCCCCCCUCCCCAUAUCAAAACGAAGUUUCUGAUGCUGGAUGUCCGUACACAAAUCAGAGCUGUCUGGCAGUGGAGCAUUGCAGGCAUAUGCCGCGCCUGAGUACGGAGCUUCUGACGUGGACGCUUAGCAUCGCAAAUGUCUAUGCUGUAGCCCAAGCAGCAUCACAAACCGUCCGCAUAAUGCGGCAGAGACCGUAGAGUUGCUUCCUUGCAAGACAAAAAAAUUUGUGGUCACAAAUCAGCAUUACAAACUUUCUGAGAAGUACGUUUUUGAUAUGGGGAGGGCGGAUUUUUCCCUUUGAUAAUCUGGUGGGUGUGACCACGUCGCCGUUGAUCGAGGAAAAUGAAGAGGACGACUCCGUGGUGACUGAGGAGGUAGCUGCUGCUGCUGCAGGAACUUCUAUAGCGGACUGCAAGAAGAGCCAUGAUGAAGCUGCAGAGGCAGGGCUUCAUGAGCAGAAGCAGAACCGCGACAGCACGACCCCUGGAGUUGAUGGUGCUCUAGUACAUGAUUUAUUACUUCACGAAGAGGAGGAAAUGCAUCGGAAGCAGGAAUCAAUAACAAGUAUCUUCCCGCAGUCCGGGCCCUCUUCGAUUUCUUCCCUAGGGACCACGGAGGAACAAGUUGGCGCACGAGAAGCUGCCCCAGCUGCGGUGGUGCCGGAACAACAACUCCAAAAGGUGGAUAACGAAAACGCGAUUAGUGCACCUACCACUUCCCCUGCUCUUUUGACCUCCUCGGUUGGGAAGAUUUCUGGAGAUGAGAAAAUUGAAACCGACCACUCGGGGACGACCCUGCCGCAAGAUAGUUCAUCUCGUGGAGAUGAUACUUCUGCAGCAGAAUUACAAGCACCAGAAGCUCCUGCGUCACCAUCCUCGUCCUGUGUCGCGGUACAACAGAAUGUAAGUUAUCCUUCUGAUGAAACCACGAAGGGAAAUAAAAGCGGUAAAAAGAAGAGCAAAACUAAGGCCGGAAAAAAGUUUCAGCCCGUGAAAACGAACAAACAGAGCGGAACUGCAUCGGGUGGAAGCGUUGGAGAUGGUGCGGCCUGCGAGGGUCGGGGCGGGAUUUGAAGCCCUACGAGCGGGACGGGUGCUGUUUGCAUAGGAAGAAAAGACGGGGAAGAUCGAGGUAGUGCUCAGGGGUCGUGGUUCACCGCCUGCGAGGACUCGUCGUGAAUUCAGUACUCACAUCAGUAUUUAAAUACACAAACCGCUACGCUAACGAAGAUGAGACCUCCUUUUGCACUGUGCCAUUCAUUAUGUGGAAGAAAAGUUUCGAAGAAGCCCUGAGUAUCUUUUGUAUUCGAUGGAGUGUCGUGUCUGAUUAUUCGAUCGUCUGAAAUGAAAGACAGUUGACGAAAAUUGGAGAAAUAUUUUACACGCGACCUCCCGGAUAUGAUCAUUUUGCACCCUCUUAUUAUGAAGCAAUAGGUUUUUCCUCUGAAAGCCAAGUGGUUGUACUUCAUCUUCGACGCCAUAAUAAAGUAAACAGAGACCACCUCCCAUCUACGACUUGAGUUGCAGCCUGUUUUGAUAAUGUCGAAAAAAAUGGAAGAGAAAUCCGCAAGCGGCCGUGCUUGAUAUGAGGAAACGUAACUACUUAUUUGUAUCUUUGUUUGCAGAUGAUGUUCUACUUAAGUACUUUGAAG